AGUCGGGGCAGGGGGAGAGCCGUGAAGAUGGCGGCAGUGGUGGAGGUGGAGGUUGGAGGAGGUGCUGCUGGGGAACGGGAGCUGGAUGAGGUCGACAUGUCAGACCUCUCCCCAGAGGAGCAAUGGAGGGUCGAGCACGCACGCAUGCAUGCCAAGCAUCGUGGCCACGAAGCCAUGCACGCUGAAAUGGUCCUCAUCCUCAUCGCUACCUUGGUGGUGGCCCAGCUGCUCCUGGUGCAAUGGAAGCAGAGGCAUCCCCGCUCCUACAAUAUGGUGACCCUCUUUCAGAUGUGGGUUGUUCCCCUCUAUUUCACAGUGAAGCUGCACUGGUGGAGGUUCCUAGUGAUCUGGAUCUUGUUCUCUGCCGUCACAGCCUUUGUCACCUUCCGAGCCACCCGAAAACCUCUAGUUCAGACCACCCCAAGGUUGGUUUACAAGUGGUGCCUGCUGAUCUAUAAAAUCAGCUAUGCCACUGGCAUUGUUGGCUACAUGGCAGUGAUGUUUACCCUCUUUGGUCUUAACUUAUUAUUCAAGAUCAAGCCUGAAGAUGCCAUGGACUUCGGCAUUUCGCUCCUCUUCUAUGGCCUCUACUAUGGAGUUCUGGAGCGGGACUUUGCAGAGAUGUGUGCAGACUACAUGGCAUCUACCAUAGGGUUCUACAGCGAGUCAGGCAUGCCUACCAAACACCUUUCGGACAGCGUGUGUGCUGUGUGUGGGCAGCAGAUCUUCGUGGACGUCAGCGAAGAGGGCAUCAUCGAGAACACCUACAGGCUGUCCUGCAAUCAUGUAUUCCACGAGUUCUGCAUCCGCGGCUGGUGCAUUGUGGGGAAGAAGCAGACGUGUCCCUAUUGCAAAGAGAAGGUAGACCUCAAGAGGAUGUUCAGCAAUCCCUGGGAGAGGCCUCACGUCAUGUAUGGGCAGCUGCUAGACUGGCUGCGGUACCUGGUAGCCUGGCAGCCGGUCAUCAUUGGUCUGGUGCAAGGCAUCAACUACAUCCUGGGCCUGGAGUAGCGGAGAGCUCCGUGGAGAACCCCCUGCUCACCGCGGACCUCAGGGCACUCUCCUCCCUGCCCAGAGACCUGGGUGGGAAAGACUCAAAGGGGCGCUUGGGCCACUCAGGACCCCUCCGGCUGUGCCUGGGAUGGGGGAGGGAGGGGUACGAUGGAGAGCCAGCCAGUGGGGCUGUCAGCAGUUGGGGCUUUUUAAAAGAAAACUAUUUUGAUGAAUAUAUUUAGAAAACCUUUUUUAUUGUGGAGCAUAGGAACUGCCCCCUGCAGGCCGCCCCCUCCCUGCUCAAGCAGGUGGGAGCAGAGCCGUGGUGUCGAGGAGGCUUCUCACCCCUGGCUGAGAACACCUGUGGGUUCUCAGAUAGCUGAAAGCCUCAGCCCACCCACUCCCCUCUCCUUCCCUCGGUGGGGCUCAAGCUUGGGACACUCGGUUCGAUGUGGAAGAGCUGGCGACUUAGCCUGGUGCCUCCAAGGAGCCCUGGGAGGUGAACUGUGGACACGGGGUGGGGGUGUGUCUGACCUGACCCGACCCCCUUGCCCAGGAGCUGUAGGCUAAUUGAGGAAAGCGAGACCUGCUCCAUGAGUUCCUAGCAGGGAAACCCUGAACCUCGGAAGUCACUGAUGUGUUUGGAGACAACUGAAAGAAUCAGGAGCCCUACGACGGGGCCAGGGUCGGAGUCCGGAGUCGGCAGGGAUAGAGGCCACCCGCAUGUGGUCGGGCUGUGGGGUCUUCUGUCGGCAGCAGCGCCCGGGGCCCCCUUGUGCAAACUGAUUCUUCAGCUCGGAAGUGGUGACAUGUGCCAAAGGCCAUCCUGCCACCACAUCACUUCCUUCCCGAAAAACCUGAGUCAGAGUGUGUGCGCGUGUCAUGCACACGACAGGACUGUGACACUGUUAUGUGGGUCCGCUUCUCUUUGUCAUCAGAUAACAUGCUUUGGAAGCUGGGGAUUCCCAGCCCAGGGAGCAUCCGCAUGUGGGCUUUGUCAUUCACGGGCCAGACCGGGGCCUGACCCAGGAGUGGCGUGGGUGGUAAGCCAAGGCCCAGGUGAGCUCAGGUUCUGAGAAGGGGCUUCCAGGCAAGCCCAAGCCUUGGUCCUGGGGGUUUUGAAGAAACUGGGAGGACAAACAUGGCCCUGAGUGCUGGGUUUCUAAGGAAUGUGGCCCUUCCAGGACAGCGAGGACCAAGCAGGAUCUUGUCGCUCCGUCUGAAUAAAGCUCCGUGAGCUGGGUUGGAA